UGAAGACCACAAAUGCUUGCAGUGGCCUGGAGGGCGGCGCGGCGGCGGGAGUGGCGCGUGUGGAUGGCCACGGGAUUAACGAGAGGCGGGAAAUAUUUGACACGAUUCUGGUUCUUACCCCAGCCAGUAAUGGAGGGCGUGGUGCUGUUGUUGUUGUUGCUGCGGAUGCUGUUUGGCUGGAGGCUGCUGUUUACGCUGUUUUUGCUAUUGCAGUUUGUCUCAUCCGAGAUUCCAAUCUACAUAGCAACGCCUGGAGUCGUUCCUCCAUAAACUCCGCUGUGAAAUCCGCGAAUCUCAUCAGGACUGUAAUAUGAGUGUGGGAUCAGCAAGGCUCAGCGGUCCUCAUAUGGCGCGUUUCCCAGAUCUCGGAGCCGCCUCAUGUCAACAGACGAGAGGGCCGCGAGCGAUGCUGGUGGGAGGCGCAACACACUCGAGAGAGCACCUAUGGAAGGAUUACCCGGCGUAUCUCUCGCCAGGGCGGAGUCACAGUCAGAAAUCUGCUAACCUCCCACUUUCCUUUCCAUUAAGUUUAUCGUUUUCUCUCAAUCUUAAGUCCUCUGAUCUGCUAGCAAUCUCCCUAUAAAACCUGAAUGGUGUGAGAGUUUAAGGAGAUCAGGGUGGCACUCAAGACUGAGGCAAAAUGCAAAACGUAGUUGAAGUGAAUAGGGAAGGUUAUUCAACUUCUGACCGCGCCAGUACCGCCUCACAGCAGCAGCGAGGAUGGCGUCUCUGAAAGUACACGAAGACCCACUUGGCUUCAAGACAAAUAUUAGCCAUCGAACUCGACAUAAGACAUCUCUCUGAGUGUGCAGCCGUCACGAUACUGAGGCGGCAGGACGCAGUGGGGGAGGAGUCGUCGUGGGGCGGCAGGCUGGGCGGCUUUGAGAGUCAGCGCGCCAUGUCGGUGUUCCGACAAGAAAGUCUUUCGGAGGAAGUGAACCGCGAGAGUGUCACCCUCACCACUGUGGCCGGAGGUAGCGUGGCACUCCAAUUCAAGGCAUCCAUUUCAUCCACUUCAUCCUCAUCCACGCAGACUACCAGCGAGACGGUUGUUCAGCGUAUGGUGGGUGGGACAGGCGUGGGCGCGCAGACCCCUAGCAAUGGCGGCGGCAUGGUGUGUGCUCCCUCUGAGAGCGUGCCCCAACCUGUGCAUGUGUCCACCGGCUGUCCCUCCUCCAUGGCCGGCCACGCCCCCACCUACACCUCCCCCACCAACCCGGUCUAUCCGCCCACACCUGACUGGGCCCUCAGUGUACCUCUCGACCUGAAGGACAAUACGGCGGGACUCGAGGGGGACCUGAGAAGGAAGGACCAGCUGAUCGAGGAGCUCAUCAAGCUGCACCCGAGCCACGGCCUCAACAAGGUGCGUGGCGGGGAGGCAGAGGAGGCCCUGCGCAGCGACUUGGCAGGGAUGACAGUCAAGGUGGAGCGUCUGGAGCAGCAGGUGCGGGAUGGCCAGGCGGGAGUAGCAGCCAGGGACGCCCGCAUCACAGAACUGACCCGCCAGCUGGACGCCCACAGACAGGAACAUGCCCGCCAGGCUGCCACUAUUGUUACCUUACGACAGAAGCUUCAGGAGGAGGAGGCUUGCACUGUGUCACUUCGAGCCAGCCAGCGCCGUAAGGAGUACACAGUGGGUGCCCUCACGCGGGAGAACCGGCAACACGCGGACCGCAUUAGUGAGCUGGAAUGUCGCCUCAAGACGCACCUGGAGGAGAGGGAGGCGGCGGAGCAGAGGAGCGAGAUGUCCUACAAGCGGCUGAUGGAACUGGUGCGCGUGGUGACCUCCUCCCUCAGCCUGGGGGACCUUGACCCUCAGGACGCCCACGAGAAGCUGUCUAUUAGGCUCGCCGAACUCGUCCAGGACUGUGCACGUCUGAGAAGCGAGAUGGCGCGGCUGACGGAGGAGUUGGAGCAGCGGGAGGGGGAGGCAUCGUCGGCCAGGCAGACGGUGGCGCGGCUGGUGAACGAGCUGGAGGAUGAGAAGCGUUCAGUGGAGGAGCUGAACGUGGCCAUAGUCGACUAUAGGAAGGAAACGGAUGACCUGCGGACCAAGCUGCGGGCGGCGGAGGAGGAGGCGAAGAGCGUGCGGGAGAGGCUGCACAACACCAACAAGUCCUACAACACCACCCUGGAGGAGCUGCACGCCGCCGAGAGAAACCUACAGCAGGCCAAAGACGAGUCAGUGGUCACAGAGCACAGGCGGCAACAGACGGAGGCAGAAGGACGGGGAUUUCUGACGACGGUAGCGGCUUUGCUUUCCUGCCCUGAGAACCGCGUCGCCCCCGAGCAGCAGGCCAUCACCGACCGUAUCCAGGGCCUGGUCGCCGCCAACAGGGAGGCAGCGGAGCACGUGGAGCGCCUGACCUCCCAGGUAACCAGCCUCGGGGAGCAGUCCAGGCGACACACGGAGCUCUACGAGACAGCAGUGAGGAGAGGCCGCCAGACAGAGGCUGACCUGCACACCCUGUCCGCCCGCUGCCGCCAACUGGAGGCCGAUCAGGGGGCGGCGGAGGCUUCCCGCGAGCACCUUAUCAUUGGCAAGGAAAAGAUGGAGCGGACGCUGGGCAGGGUGGUUGAGGCUCUUGGUCUGGCCGAGAUGGGCAAGGAAGUGACCAACGAUGUGGAGAUGAUAGUGUGUCGCUGCCAACAACUUGUAAAGCUGGAGGGAGAAAAGAUCGUGGACAAGACCACUACCGUGUACCAGCUGCAGCGGAAGGUGAAGUCGCUGCGUGAGGCGGUGGAGAGGAAGGACCUACACGUGGACAUGCUGAGGAGGAAGCUGGCCCUGACGGAGGACGCUGCCAGGGCCUCGCGGCAGCUGGAGGAGGAGAGGGACGAUGUCAUUGCCAAGUACAAGCGGCAGUGUCGGCUGGUGGAACGACUCAACGCAGAGACGAGCGAGUCUCGUCUGCAGUUGAGAGAUAUGAAGGCUCAGCUUGCCCAAGCCGCCGAGGACAAGGGUCGCGCAACCCAGACUCAGAAGAAGGUGGAGGAGCUGACAGCCAAAGUCAACGAGCUGGAUGCCAUAAGAUCCCGCCAGCAGAAGAAAAUUUCUCACUUGAAGGAACAGGUGAAGGCCCAGGGCGAACACGUGCUGGAGGAGCGGCGUCUGAGCGAGGCAGGGCUGGAGAGUGUGACGCAGGAGCUGGCCCUCGCCAAGCAGGCAUUCCGCGAUGUGACCAGAAGGGAGAAACAGCUCUCUGAGUUUCGGCGCACGGUGGUGGAGCUCCUUGGCGCUGAUGGGGAGCCGGGAGUGGAGGGGGAUUACGAGGCCAUAUGUCGCCUGGAGAGGCUGGUCGGGGCUCACAAGGAACUGAAUGACCUCUCUCGACGCCUCGAUGAGAUCACAGCGCCAUCGAGGCCGAGCAGCGCAAGAACGUUGACCAGCCGCUCGCCACCCCUGAAGUCACCCGUGCGGCCUUCAUCAGGAAUGUCUCCACCGCUGAGGAUGGAUUCCCCCACCAGAUCUCCCGCAGAACAGAGUUAUCUGGACAUGUCGGAGGAGCUGCGCGCCCUAGCAGAUGACGCCCAUAAUCUCCGCCCACACAUCCGAUCUGUCUCUCGCCGCCCGCCCUCCGCCCAGUCCCGCACGCCUAGCCCCACCAAGCGACACUCCACGGACGAGGAUGAGUCCAGUUAAGAUGAACAGGUUGUAGAAAUCUGAACAAAAUCCUGGCUGCAUUUUUCUAAUAGUUUACAAAUGAUUCAUUCUCUUUCAAAAAUAUGCCAAUUGUCAAUAUUAUUAUUAUUGUACAUUUUUUUUUUUUACCACAUGUUUGUCAUUUUCAUAACUGUUUUAUUGUUAUACAAAUUGAUUAACUUUUCCACCAACCAGUGACCUUUCAGCUUUACAGUAAAUUACAAAGCCAAUCGGGACAGUUUCUCAUUUCAUUAUCGAAAUAUUGGCCGUGUUUAGCCUUGUAUAUAAACGAUUGCAUGUAUUUAAAAUUAGGUCGUCAUGAAGUGAAAUAAAUAUCACAACAGA